CGAAAGCAGCCGAGGAGGUCACUUCCUGCUGGGGUGGAUGAGGAGGAGCCGGAGACGCCGCGGAGGAGACCGGACCGAAGACGGACCGUGCCGGGGAGAGCAGAAGUGCGAAAAUGAAAGCAGGCUGUAGCAUCGUGGAAAAGCCAGAAGGAGGAGGAGGAUAUCAGUUUCCUGACUGGGCCUACAAAACAGAGUCAUCCCCAGGCUCCCGGCAGAUCCAGCUGUGGCACUUCAUCCUGGAGUUGCUGCAGAAGGAAGAGUUCCGCCAUGUCAUCGCCUGGCAGCAGGGAGAGUACGGAGAGUUUGUCAUCAAGGAUCCAGAUGAAGUGGCCCGCCUCUGGGGCCGCAGGAAAUGCAAACCACAGAUGAAUUAUGACAAGCUGAGCCGGGCCCUCAGAUACUAUUACAACAAGAGGAUCCUUCAUAAAACAAAAGGGAAAAGAUUUACUUAUAAAUUUAACUUCAACAAGCUGGUGAUGCCCAACUACCCAUUCAUCAACAUUCGGUCAAGUGGUGUUGUUCCUCAGAGUGCACCACCAGUGCCAACAGCCUCUUCCCGAUUCCAUUUCCCACCUCUGGACACUCAUUCUCCAACUAGUGAUGUGCAGGCAGGGCGAUUCUCUGCUAGCUCCCUAAGUGCUUCUGGCCAAGAGUCAACUAAUGGCACUGAUAGAAAGGCAGAGCUUUCGGAGCUGGAGGAUGGCUCCGCCACUGAUUGGCGCCGAGGUGUGGAUCUCAUGUCCUCCCGGAAUGCUGUCGGUGGAGGAGGGAUUGGCCAUCAGAAACGCAAGCCUGACAUAAUGCUUCCUCUGUUCACUAGGCCAGGGAUGUAUCCUGACCCCCACAGUCCCUUUGCUGUCUCUCCAAUCCCUGGCCGUGGAGGUGUACUUAAUGUCCCUAUUUCACCAGCCCUUUCCCUAACUCCCACCAUCUUCUCCUAUAGCCCAUCACCAGGCCUGAGCCCCUUCACAAGCAACAGUUGCUUCUCCUUCAACCCUGAGGAAAUGAAACACUACCUUCAUUCUCAAGCCUGUUCUGUGUUCAACUACCAUCUUAGUCCCCGGACUUUUCCGCGUUACCCAGGGCUCAUGGUUCCACCACUACAGUGCCAAAUGCAUCCUGAGGAGUCAGCUCAGUUUUCUAUCAAGCUGCAGCCCCCGCCAGUUGGGCGGAAGAACCGGGAAAGAGUCGAGAGCAGCGAGGAGUCAGCGCCUAUCACUGCAUCCAACAUGGCUCCUUUGCCCCCGAGAAUUAAGGUGGAGCCUGCCUCUGAAAAGGAUCCUGAGAGCCUCAGUCAUUCUGCACAAGAAAAGGAGGAGCACUCUCAAGAAGAGGGCACUGUGCCAAGCAGGACCAUAGAAGAGGAAAAGACAAAAGGCACCAUCUUUGCCCGCCCCACUGCACCACCCAUCUGGCCCUCUGUACCCAUUAGCACCCCUAAUGAAGAACCCCUAGAGGUGACUGAAGAUAGUGAGGAAAGGCCUGGCAAAGAGCCCAGUGCACCUGAGAAGAAAGAAGAUGCCCUGAUGCCCCCCAAGCUUCGGUUGAAGCGGCGCUGGAAUGAUGACCCUAAAGCCCGAGAGCUGAGAAACAUGAACGUACUGCCAGUUAGAGUGGGGCUGGGAAGGCACAGGAGCCAGCCACCACUCAGCUACAUGGUUGAGACAGGAAGCCCUGCUGUGAGUUUCUUGGACUUUUCACCUACUUCACCUAUUAAGAAGCCAUGAGGAGUUGUAAACUCUUGUUCAGGGAAGAAAGAAGAGGGCAGGAGGAAGUAACCCAAUGCCUUUAAAAACAAAAACAAAAAAAAAAGAUCGUCAUUUUUCCUUUUCCAUUAUGGGUUUGGGGAGCCAAACCAAAGUGUGACUGUAAGCAAAUUCACUGAGAGGCAUGACAACCUUGUUGAAGAUGUCUUUCUAUUAUGUCUGGUUCUCUUAUCAUUUUCUUAAGUCAAGCCUUAAUUAUGAACAUACUUUAAGAUGAUACGGGUCUAUCAACAUAAACCUGUACAAGGGCAUGGACAACUUUUCAGAUAAUCCAGGAAUGUUGAGACAUGGUUAAAUUCCUAGCUGAUAGUCAUUCCCUCUUGAUAUAUUGGAAUGGGUAGCAAAAAGGCAGGCUGUGGGAGUUAAGGGCAGAUGAUACCUGGAAAUGCAGAAGGUAGCUAGGGUAGUACAAGUGGAUGUUUGUUGAGACUGAAGGAAGAGGUGGGAAAAAGACCCAGAAAGCAACCAGAUGCCAAAAGGCCUGGUGUGAAUGAAAGAGUUGGUGUCUGUCCUGUUGUAGUGGUGCCAUUCUUGCCAUACCCAUCUGCCCAGAUUUUCCUAAUUCUCAAGAUAAAUUGACUCUCCUGCAUGAGAGUUUACAGUGAGGAAUGGUUUCUUCAUGGGAAAUUCCCUUCCAACAAAUUCGAAGGAAUUGAAAAGUACUGAUCUUAUGUGAAGCAAAGGGGCCUGGACUAGGGGCAGAGAGAAGGAAACAGCAGCCACCCUUCUGUGUGUGUACACGUGUACCUACAUAGUGUAUGUAAAUACCUAAUUGUGGCUCAGAUCCACCAGGCUGCAGAGCAACAGGAAGAGAAGAAAUAAAUCCAUAUCUGAUGAGGGAAAAAGAUGGCACAGGGAUGGUGUCUAGGAAUUGGAGAAAUUCCUGAUGUCUCCUUAGCCUAAGUGAACUCUGUACAAAGUAACAUUCAAGGGUCAUCUUUUAAUGGUGGAGGGUGUUUUUUUCUAUUUUAAACUGGAGUACGUGCUCAGGAAAGGUUAGAACAGGUAAGUGAGACGUUAAAUGGCUUGGGAUGACUUGAGUCCAUCAUGUUAUUACUUGGCAAGGGUCCUCCUCCUUCUUUGAUUCAAAUUCCAUGAGUGACUUAUCUUUUCCCGGGAAAGGGACUGGGAGGGAGAGUGGUCCCUAGCAACUCAGGCUUUGGUCAGGCUGCCUUUGGUGGUUGUGUUUGUUUUCAGUUUCUUUCUCUGCACCUCAACUUACCUCUAAAUCAGAAAGCAAGCCCAGCAGGUGAAGGAAGGAUCUCUGCUUGGCAUUGUCCAAUCUAACCAGGGAGGCUGGCUGACCACCCACUGUCCACUAGAGGGGAGGGCCAGCAGAUGUCAGUAUGAACUCAGGAAUAGAAACAUGAGGCCUUUAAAAUAAGAGGGAGAAAAAUCCAUGAUGCAUACCUGUAACCCCCUAGAACCCAAGUGCCAGAAUUAAUUCCUAGAUGCUGCUUUUGUUUGAACAAAAAGUCACUGCUUGUACACUUGAAAAAAACACUCUAAAAAUGUUCAACUCCGUGGAAAAUGUUUUUUGGCUUUAAGAAAUUAAAGUUAGUUUAACUUUAGUUAAGUGUUUAGUGUUUAACUGUUUCCUUUGAUUGCCAUUCCACCAGUAAAUUUUUGGUUGAUUUGCACUGCACACUGGGGUUGGGGUUGGGGGAGGGUCCUUAUACAGAGCCGAACUUGGGCUUGCUCAGGAAGUGGGCCAGGGAAUGUGAAGGUCAUUGAUAUUUCCUGGGGCAAAGGUGUGGGAGAUAGUUUUUCUUCCCCCAGCCCGCUCCUGGCAGCACCCAUCAACAGCCCAGUACAAAGCCAGGACUUUCUCUUCUGUGAGCAUCUCAUCACUGUCCAACAGCUGGUGGAAAAAAGGGGCACAAAAACCAGACCUAUUUUUUCUGCCCCAUUUUUUCCAAAUUUUGCUCUGCCAAAUGUUUAAAACUUUGCAAAUAUAAAUCUAUUGAAAUUUCAUUAAUCAAGAACUGGUUCAUGUAAACAGUUUGCUUUUUUAGCUCUAGAAAAGAACAGUAGCCUCUUUAAGGGCAUCCGGCCUUGCUAAGCUCACCUUUUUUCCUGAAGAAUGGGUAGGAGUGAAAUAUAAACAAUUCACCAAGUUCCUUCACCCUGAUUUUCAAGCUGCACUGCAUUAAACUCAAUUAUUGCACCCUAGUCCUCUGUGGGCCGAGAAACUUCCAGAAGCAUUAGAGACAUAGUUUUAAUUAUAUCACUUCUCACCAAGUAGAUAGAGUCAGUUGGCUGUUUGUCCCUUGUUUUUUAUUUAUUCCAUAAUUAUGUUUGUGCUUUUUGUUUUGUAAACAGUAAUAGAAAAUACAUUUUUAUUUUGUUUAAAAGAAAACUUUGACUCAAUCUUUCAAGAACUGUUCCAUUUUUAGUUUCUUCUUGAGGAAAAAAAAAGUUACCAGUUAAUUUGUGUUGAAGUAUUGAGGCAUUUUUUGAGUUAAAAAAUUGUGAUGCAGGGAUUUGUGAAUGAGACAUUCACAUGUGAAAUGACUUCACUAGGUUAUCUGCUUACACAGAUUAAAGUGUGUAUAUGUAUAUAAAAUGUAAGUAAUCUUAACUCCAUUGUGCAGUGCCUUUUAGAUGUUCUGCUUUCUAUAA